AUGGAGGACGCGGAGUAUAACUCCUCGCUCCCCUACGACGACGAGUACCUGGAUGAUCUGGGCCCCGUGUUGGUGCUGGACGACCACCCUCCCCCGGAGGCCAGGGUGACCCGGGUCCUCGUGGUGGUGAUCUACAGCCUCGUCUGCCUCCUGGGCAUCCUGGGCAACGGCCUGGUGAUCGUCAUCGCCACCUUCAAGAUGAAGAGGACGGUGAACAGCGUGUGGUUCCUCAACCUGGCCGUGGCCGACUUCCUCUUCAACGUCUUCCUGCCGCUGCACAUCACCUACGCCGCCCUGGACUACCACUGGGUGUUCGGCAGGGCCAUGUGCAAGGUCAGCAGCUUCCUGCUCAUCCACAACAUGUACACCAGCGUCUUCCUGCUCACCGCCAUCAGCCUGGACCGCUGCGUCUCCGUGCUGCUCCCCGUCUGGUCCCAGAACCACCGCAGCGUCCGGCUGGCCUACACGGCCUGCGUGGUCAUCUGGGUCCUGGCCUUCUUCCUGAGCUCCCCGUCCCUCGUCUUCCGGGACACGGCCAGCCUGCACGGCAAGACCUCCUGCUUCAACAACUUCAGCCUGUCCGCGGCCGGCCCGUCCGGCCGGGUCGGGUCCAGCCCACACGUGCUGGUGACCGUCAUCCGCUUUCUGUGUGGCUUCCUGGUCCCCGUCCUGGUCAUCACGGCCUGCUACCUCACCAUCGUCUGCAGGCUGCGGCGCCACCGCCUGGCCAAGACCAAGAAGCCCUUAAAGAUCAUCGUCACCAUCAUCGUCACCUUCUUCUGCUGCUGGUGUCCCUACCACACUCUCUACCUGCUGGAGCUACACCACACUGUCCUGCCUGGCCCCGUCUUCAGCCUGGGCCUGCCCCUGGCCACGGCCCUCGCCAUCGCCAACAGCUGCAUGAACCCCCUUCUGUACGUCUUCAUGGGCCAGGACUUCAAGAAGUUCAAGGUGACGCUCUUCUCCCGCCUGGUCAACGCUCUGAGUGAGGACACGGGCCACCACUCCUCCUUCCCCAGCCACAGGAGCUUCACCCGGAUGUCGUCAGUGAACGACAAGUCUUCCGUGAACGAGAGGGAGACCAGCAUGCUGUGAGCCUCACCUGGGAGACCUGCAGCGGUCACUCCCAGCCCAGGGGUGCCCAGGGGUGCCCGGGGACGUGCCUUCUGAAAACCAAGGCAGGCACCUCGUGACUGCUCCUUGAUGGAUACUCGCUGUAUUUUGCGUAGGGGUGAACCAUGUUUUGAAUCCAGGGUGGGGAACCCCUGUCUUUGAGUGGCAUGGGGGACAGAGCCGGCCAUGUCUCACAUGGACCUUGGACCAGCACCCUGAGCUCCAAGGGAGACCAGCCUGGACCCACCCAGAGCAGCCAAGGAAGGAUUCUCAAAAGCACCCCCGUGAAAUGAGAUUGGCUUGAGGCUGUGGUAUUCAGCUGCCUACUGGGUACCCCAGGAAUACCGUGGGUCCUCUCCAAAGUCCCUGGAGGGAGCAGGAGAGGUCAGGGGGAACCUAGUGUGAAGCAGCUGACGCUUCGUCCCCCGAGAUCCUGGCCCUGCAGUGUCCCUCCGGGUGAGGCCUGUGGAAAGGCACAGGAUACCGACUGGAGUGACAGACGUCCCUGAUCGUGAACUUGGCUUUGAGAGGAGUUGAGAAGAUGGAGACGAGGUCCGCGGGGCUUUGUGGAUUCUGGCAAGGUCCGCACCAGGGAGCCUGCAACCGGGACUGGAGUCUGGGGAAAGGCAAAGCAAAGACCGACCAAGGCGUGGGCACGGCAGCUGGCCCCAGAGCUCCCCAUGGUGGGGCACGUCAGCCGGCCCAGGGGUGGGGGUGGCGGUGGGGACCUGGUGCUACCUGGCAGGACAGCCUGCAAGCUGCCUUGCCGAACCACGUCCCUGAGAGGAAGGCAAACAGCUCCCGUGUGUGCACCUCCGUGUCUGGCUUAUUCUCUCCUUCCUUUGGCGGGAAGUGACAUUGUCCCACUGACAAAUGACAGAGCGGAGGCUCUGAGGAAGGAAGCCAGGCACCCAGCAUCACACACACGGCCUCACAGCGGCAGAGAUGCGAUCUGCCCCAGGCUCUGCCUCCAGAGGCUCCCCUCUGGUAUGGAGAAUUUGUCUGUUGAGAAGAUUCCAGACCAUCACGUGGCCCAUGUUCAGCGUCCAUAAGAUAUUUACUCCCCACGGUGGCCCUGAGCUAGGCACAAUGGUCAUUUCCCUUUUGCAUAUGAGGAAUCACAGCUCAGAGAGGUUAAGGGACUUGCCCAGGGUCACCCAGCUAGUUUGCUGGAGGCUGGAUGGGAACCUCAGUUUGCUGGGUUCAAACAAGGCGGCAGAGUCAGGAAGGAGCUAGAGAGGUUGGGGCUUCUUUGUAACAGGGUGCUGCUGGGGGUUGAACCCAGGGGCGCUUUACCACCGAGCAACAUCCCCAGGGCUUUUUGUGUGUUUGUUUGUUUGCUUUAUUUUGUAUUUUGAGACAGAGCCUCCCCACGUUUCGGAGGCUGGCCUCGUCCUGGCACCCCUCCUGCCUCAGCCUGGGAUCGGAGGCGAGCGUCACCGCGCCUGGCGAGAGGUUAGGUUUUGAGCGUAGCUUGAUUUUUUCAGCAGAUCAAUGUGAAAAUCUCAAUGGCCCUUUCAGGAGCUUCUGCAAAUCGUUUUCAAAAUGAUCCAAAACGGCAGAGAAAAUGCACUUGGCCUCCAGCUCCCUGGACACCCAUCAGCACCCUGCCCCCGCCCUCGGGACCCCCACCCUCAGCGCACCCCCGAGGUCUCUGUCGGACGGAGGCCUCUUGGCCCCGAACCGCCCAGGUCCCUUGGUUGGGAAGCCUGUCCUCCAGAUGUCACGUCGACCUCACGCUGGGCCCGUUCCCGAUCUUUGGGCUGUUUGGAGUCACACUUCAUCAAGGGACAGACUGUUCCUUCCUGUGGGGUCUGGGAGCUUUCGAUGGGGGAGCUCUGAGUCCAUUUGAGCCUCCGACGGCCUCAGGGAUAGCGACCUGCACAGUUGGACGGGAAAUGGAGCUUUGAAGACGGCCCAGCGCCCCUGCCGUCCCCGCCCAGGUUCACAGAGGAGGCGCUAGGUGCCGGGUCACGGAGGCGGUCCUCUGCCACUCAGGCCUCCGGGCUGUGGGGACAGUGCUUCUCCUGGGCUGCAGGGGAGGCCCGGCCAGGCGGGGGGCCAGGAAUUCAUGGGGUCACGGGGGUCGCCGACAAGCAGGACGGGAUGCAGACCAGCUGUCCUCCCCCCUCUCUCCUGGAUGCCACACCAGCGUCCCUGUUCCGACUGACUUUUUCUGUUAGGGAUGUCGGUGUGACCAGGACAUCCCCUCCUGUCUUGGCCCCACGGUGUCUUCUGUAAUCCCUGCAGUUGGUGAGCGUGCUCCUGUGUCACACUCCACGGGUAACCCACACGCCCAGGGCCUGGCUUCUUCUCUCUGGGCUGGGACCCAGCCAGUGGUCUCAGUGCUACCUCCGGGGCCAGGUGGGUCGAGGGGACAUGAGGACGAAUGGCAGAGAGACCUGAAGAGAAGAGAGUACCUGAGGGUGGGGGAGGGAGGGAGGGGGAGCAGAGCACACUGAUGACCGAGAGGGCUCUGGCGUUUACUGAGCACCGACCAUGUGUCACCUACCAUGUGUCACCUACCAUGUGUCACCUACCAUGUGUCACCUACCCUGUGACUGGC